GAGACAAGACACCAGGAUCACCUGUGAUCCGCCUGAUGCCCCGAGCAGGUGCUCCUGGAAGCUGGGCAGGCCCAUCACUGACUCUCCACAUCACCACACGGCCUUGGCAAAGUCGCCCAAAAUCUUGCCAAAUAUCCUGAAGAAAAUUGGAGAUACCCCCAUGGUGAGAAUCAAUAAGAUCGGGAAGAACUUUGGCCUGAAGUGUGAGCUGCUGGCCAAGUGUGAGUUCUUCAACGCGGGCGGGAGCGUGAAGGACCGCAUCAGCCAGCGCAUGGUGGAGGAGGCCGAGCGCGCCGGCAUCCUGAAGCCCGGAGACACCAUCAUCGAGCCGACGUCUGGGAACACAGGGAUCGGGCUGGCCCUGGCAGCCGCGGUGAAGGGCUACCGCUGCAUCAUCGUGAUGCCGGAGAAGAUGAGCAUGGAGAAGGUAGACGUCCUGCGGGCGCUGGGGGCGGAGAUCGUGAGGACGCCCACCAACGCCAGGUUCGACUCCCCUGAGUCUCAUGUGGGGGUGGCGUGGAGGCUGAAGAACGAGAUCCCCAAUUCCCACAUCCUGGACCAGUACCGAAACAUGAACAACCCCAUUGCUCACUACGACAGCACGGCCGAGGAGAUCCUGCAGCAGUGUGACGGGAAGCUGGACAUGCUGGUGGCUUCAGCGGGCACAGGUGGCACCAUCACAGGCAUCGCCAGGAAGCUAAAGGAGAAGUGUCCCGGAUGCAAAAUCAUCGGGGUGGAUCCCGAAGGCUCCAUCCUUGCUGAGCCCGAGGAGCUGAACCGGACGGAGCUGACGGCUUACGAGGUGGAGGGCAUUGGCUAUGACUUCAUCCCCACGGUGCUGGACCGGACGGUGGUGGACAAGUGGUUCAAGUGCAACGAUGAGGAGUCCUUUGCCUUUGCCCGCAUGCUGAUUGCGCAGGAGGGACUGCUGUGCGGUGGCAGCUCCGGCAGCGCCAUGUCGGUGGCCGUGAAGGCGGCCCAGGAGCUGCGGGAGGGCCAGCGCUGCGUGGUGAUUCUGCCCGACUCUGUCCGCAACUACAUGUCCAAGUUCCUGAGCGACAGGUGGAUGCUGCAGAAGGGCUUCCUGAAGGAGGAGGACCUCCCCGUGAAGAAGCCCUGGUGGUGGCACCUCAAAGUCCAGGAGCUGAGCCUGUCCACUCCGCUGACAGUGCUGCCCACGGUCACCUGCAAGCACACCAUCGAGAUCCUCCGGGAGAAGGGCUUCGACCAGGUGCCCGUGGUCGAUGAAUCGGGAGUGAUCCUGGGGAUGGUGACUCUGGGGAACAUGCUGUCAUGCCUGCUCGCUGGGAAGGUGCAGCCGUCAGACCAAGUUCACAAAGUCAUCUACAAGCAGUUCAAGCAGAUCCGCCUGACUGACCCGCUGGGCAUGCUCUCGCGCAUCCUGGAGAUAGACCACUUCGCCCUGGUGGUCCAUGAGCAGAUCCAGUACCACAGCCCCGGGAAGUCCAGCAAGAGGCAGAUGGUGUUCGGGGUCGUCACCGCCAUUGACCUGCUGAACUUUGUGGCUGCCCGGGAGCGGGACCAGAAGACAAAGUCAGCAAAUGCCUUGGAAUCCAGAGUAGUCCAGCUCUGACCCCGCACAUGCCGCCUGCUCUUUUGCUCCCACAAACACUAAACAAGCCUGUGUGCCUUGUAACUGCCCAGGGCUGGGCACUGCCCUGUUGCUAUGGGCAGCAAUGAGCAGGUUUAGGGUACUUAGCCCAAGGCCAGCAGAAAUGUUUCCCUUAACACCUGACACUUGGAUGAAUCUAUGGUUUAUUAAAAUGUGCUUUUCUUUUUAACUUUCUCUUUAAAAAUGUUUCAACAAGGAAACCUUAUUAAAAGGGAACUCAGCCCGGUGGAUGAACCCAUGCACGAUGGGGGCAAAUGGACUGGAAGCAGAAGGAAGUGCCUUUUCUGGAGAAGAAUCCAGAUGGGGAGCAGCAGAAGGGGCUCAGGAAGUAAGGGUCAUUCAGUGACCCUCACACAGCAGCACCCUCUGCGCAGGGAUGGGCUGGUUAGAGUGGCUUGAGUAUUUUGGUUUUUAAUUGAGGUGAAAUUCACAUACCUAAAAUGAACAAAUUUUAAAUGUACAAUUCAGUGGCAUUUAUUACAUCCAUCUCUGCCAAGUUCAAAGCAUUUUUAUCACCCCCAGAAGCAGUCAUUCCCCUCUCCCCCUUCCCUCCUGGCAGCACUAAUCUGCUUUACUAGUAUGUCUCUGUGAUUUACCUAUUGGGAUAUUUCAGAUAAAUGGGAUCAUACAA